AAAAGCGUUUAGGAGUAGAUCCCAUUACAGUAGUAAUUUACAACUAUGUAACAUAUAGAUAAAAUUUGCAUUGUAACAAUAUCUGUAGAAAUCUUCCAUCUGUGGUCAAGUUACUAUGACCCUUUCAGUCAUUUACAAAAUUAAAGUGUACUUAUCAAAUUAUUUAAUGAUUAAGUCGAUUGAUUUGGUUUUCAAGACCCUCACAACAUUUAUUAUGGAUGAUCAACAAUGUGCAAAAAAACCAAAGUUGGAAAACACAACAAUAAGAGAAGGGGAAUCAGAGAUUUUGGUGAGCAACACAAAUGUGUUUUAUAACCCUGUACAAGUAUUCAACAGGGAUCUUAGCACAGCAGUGUUAACGAUUUAUGCCAGGGCAAGAAAUGAAGAAGUAUCGAAGAAGGGUGUUUCAAAAAAAGAUGGAAUAACUAUUUUGGAAGCUUUAUCUGCAACAGGCUUGCGCAGUAUACGUUAUGCAAAAGAGGUACCAGGUAUAAAACAAAUUAUAGCCAAUGAUAUAUCUACAAAAGCUGUAGAAAGUAUUAAAAGGAACAUAGAACACAAUGGAGUAAGUGAUUUGAUAAAGCCCAGUCACGAGGAUGCAACAUUGUUAAUGUAUCAAAGUAAAAGAGAACAGUUUGACGUUAUAGAUUUGGAUCCUUAUGGAUGUCCAACAAUAUUUUUGGACGCUGCUGUUCAAUGUGUAUCUGAUGGAGGUAUGCUUAUGGUUACAGCAACAGACAUGGCUGUAUUGGCAGGAAACUUUCCUGAAACAUGCUAUCUAAAAUAUGGAGCCAUUUCUUUAAGAUCCAAAGCUUGUCACGAAAUAGCACUGCGUAUUUUGUUGCAGAAUAUUGCUUCACAUGCAGCUCGUUAUGGAAGGUAUAUAGUACCAAUCCUUUCUAUAAGUGUUGAUUUUUACAUCAGGGUAUUUGUAAAAGUAUUCUCUAGUCAAAUUAAAUGUAAAGAUAAUGCUACCAAAAUAGGAAUGGUAUAUCAAUGCACAGGAUGUGAAAGUUUGAAUACUCAGCCACUAUGCUAUAAAAAACCAUCUGGAUCUUAUAAGAUAUCAUCCUCACCAUGUGUGGAUCAACUUUGUAAAGUUUGUAAACAUAAACAACAUGCUGGAGGACCUAUAUGGUUGGGUAUUUUACAUGACCAAAUGUUUGUUUCUGAAUUACUAUGUAACUUACAUAUUAUGAAGCUAGAAACAGUGAAGAGAAUAGAAGGAGUCCUAAAUGUAGUCCAUGAAGAAUUAGACAUUCCAUUAUACUAUACAUUGGAUCGUUUAAUGUCCAUAGUUAGAUGCUGUACACCAUCAAUGUUAAUGUUCAGGUCUGCAUUAUUAAAUGCAGGUUAUCAAGUAUCAUAUUCACACGCGAACAAAAUAUCUAUAAAAACGGACGCACCACACCAAGUAAUUUGGGAUAUUGUUCGUACAUGGGAAAAGGACCACCCUAUAAAACGGGAAAAAUUACCAAACGAUAGUCCUGGAUUAAACAUACUAAAUACAUCGAUUAUUACGAAUGUUUCGUUCGAUAUACACCCCUUGGCUAAUCCAGCUUCCAGACAGAAACAUUUGACACGGUUUCAACAUAAUCCCACUAUCAACUGGGGGCCCGGAACUCGUGACAAAACAAUACUUGAUUUAGAAGGCAAAGUCAAAGACGAGAAAAAAAUAAAAAAUCAAAAUAAAAAAACCCGUGGUGUGAGUGUGUAAAGCGUAACUCUUCUGACUGCUGUGAAUCCUUAAUCAUUUUUCUCGGUAAUGGCGCAAAUAUCCAAUCUCACGUUUCACAAUGGUCAGAAAAUGCCAGUUCUUGGUUUGGGCACGUAUCAGUCUCAUGCCGGGGAUGUGGAAAGAGCCGUAAUAGAGGCGAUAUCGAUAGGUUACCGGCAUAUUGACACUGCAUUUUUCUACCAAAAUGAACAUGAAAUUGGCAACGCGAUUCAAACGAAAAUUAAAGACGGCACUGUGAAGCGAGAGGAUUUGUUCAUCACAACCAAGAUUUGGAACAACUUUCAUAAGCAAGAAAGCGUGGUACCAGCAUGUAAACAAUCUUUGGAGUACCUUGGAUUGAGUUAUGUCGAUCUAUAUUUAGUUCACUGGCCAUUUGCAUUCCGUGACGGCGACGAUUUAAUGCCCCGCGACACAAAUGGUGUUCUUAUAAUGUCAGACACCGAUUACUUAGAAACCUGGAAGGGAAUGGAAGAAUGCCUGAACUUAGGGCUCACGAAAAGCAUAGGUGUUAGCAAUUUCAACAUCGAACAACUAACUCGAUUGCUUGGCGCAACUAAAGUAAAGCCUGUGAACAACCAGGUUGAAGCCAACGUAAACGUGAAUCAAAAACCGUUGAUCGAGUUCUGUACGAAAAAUAACAUUACGGUGACCGCAUAUUCGCCAUUAGGUCAGCCUGGAAAUAAAGCUGGAAUUCCAAACAAUUUGGACCACCCAAAGAUAGUGGAGCUCUCGCAGAAGUACAACAAAACGGUAGCGCAAAUCGCACUACGAUACGUGAUGCAACAAGGUGUCGCGAUUAUUCCGAAAACGGUGACACCCAGUCGCCUAAAGGAGAAUAUGGAUAUUUUCGAUUUUUCUUUAACGGACGAGGAAAUAGCCGCCAUCGCGAUCAUAGGGAAUGGGCAACGCGUGGCGCGUUUUGCUGAUGCCAAGGCCCAUAAGUACUAUCCUUUUGAGAAGUAACCGAUCUAUACCAAAGAUCCGCUGUUCCAGCAGGAAACUGCCUGUCAGAACCAGCACAAAAUUAAUGGUGGAGCAUGUCCACUUUGAACUUAUAUAAUCUCACGCUGUAAUUCGGCACCCGUUUGACCCUCAUCUAAUCAAUUAAGUUUAUUGAGUGCCAUGGAAAAUUUUGAUGCCAUGUUUUGAAUGCUACCCAAGCUGAACGUAACGCGUUUGACACAUAAACGUGCUGUACCAAAUUGCCAUAAAUUACAUCGAUCGUACACAAUGCGGUAGAAACUGCCAUCGAUCGAGAGUAUUUUUUCAGAACAAAUAGAAUAUUUCUUGGUACCGAAUCGAUAGUACAGUGUACAGUAAUAAAAUAUAUAUAUGAAGUACUUUCAAA